CCUCAAGCAGCCUCUACUUGAAUAAAAUUCUGUCUUUACUUCAGUUCCACGAAAACGAAGUUUCGAUGAAGACCGCGACUACCACCCAAUCAUGACCUCAUGUCGCUUUCAAAUUAUCGCAAUGCGGCCAAAUAAACCGACUGAAGUUUUUGUCUUGUAAAUCAUUUGUCCUUGCUGGUUGGUGAUGGCAGGCCGAUGCUAACGUCUUCAGUCGAGAAGUGAACCUAACCAUGGGGGUGUCUGUAGUUUACCUGACUGCGCACAUGUCUUGACCUAUUAAAGGAUGGGGUCUAGCAGGGAGCUCUGUCACCGUCGUGACUGUGGAUAUCGCACUACAUCUGGCUGGGCCAAGACGUCUAAGUAGCGAUGCUCGUAUUCAGAAAACAUUAUGCGUACAUGCACACCUUUCUCAAGGAGUCCGAACUUUUGCAAAGGCGAGUUGCUUGUGAUAGUAAGGGUAAUGCUAGCCAGGAACUAUCCAAGAAGAAGCAAGGCACAGGUCCGGACAUAGUCAUGUAUCAGUCGGACUCGAAGAGUCAUUCGAUCAUAUCGAAUGACUCUUCGACACCCCGAGCUAACACUCGGUCCAGCCCAGCCUAUCAAAUCAUAUCAGCGACUCGCGAUCUAGACCAAGCUGGGAUCUAUUUCAUAUCACUACACCCUCCGGAGUGUGCGGAUAAGAACAAGCCUACCGCCCAGACUUGGCUAGAGCAUAUUUCAUCAUCUUACUGCAGACCGGUAUCGAUCAUAACGCAGCACCCAAGCGCCUCAACUCUAUUUCUUGGACCACCCCAGGCUGAGGCUGCGGCACUUCUAGAGGCCUCUUCAAGGGCGUUUCUGAAUGGCAGUGAAAUGGCCGGUUUGGGUGCAAGUCGGCAGACUCCAGGUCUACGUCUGGGUACAAGUGGCGAUGAUCUGACUGAAUUUGAAGACACCGGCACCCCCCGAGUAUGGGUGACCAUUCACACUCGCCUUUCCCGCCAGUCACAUCGUGCCUCCACCCGCCGCCGCCGCCAGGCGCUGCAUACCAACGCAUGGGCCGUGGACAUUACGUCCUAA